AUGUACUGCACAAAACUGACGCAUACUGAUGACCAAGGCAAAGUCGCUAUGGUAGAUACGGGCGAGAAACCUGAAACUACCCGAAUAGCUGUCGCCACCGCUACCGUGCAACUUAAUUCUGAAAUAACGCUUCUCAUUCGCGAGAACCUCAUCAAAAAGGUCAAAGCGAAACUCAAGGAAGAGACCUGCGAGGUGCACAUAACUUCAAGAGUAAGAUGUGACGGCAAGACCGGUGUUGAAAUGGAAGCACUAGUCGCUGCUAGUACUGCAGCGUUGACAGUUUAUGAUAUGUGUAAGGCUGUGAGCAAGGGGAUUGUAAUAAAAGAGGUAAAGCUGUUGAGCAAGAGCGGGGGGAAGAGUGGGGAUUACCAUGCGCCUGAAGAGAUUCAUGUCAGAGAUUUUAACAGGAAGCCUACGAGGAAUCAGUGGCUGCCUUUUGUGGGGCCGGUAUGA